AUGGCUGAAGGCCUGACCUCGACCCUGGCCAACCUGAACCCCUUCGCCAGGAAGGGCACCUCUCCAGAGGAUGACGAAAACGGCGAGGAGGUCGACAACACCACAAUUGCUGGUGGUGGUCAUAGUGCUCGGCAGACCGACGUGACUCAGAACCAGCUGCGCGUCAGCAAUGCCCUGAAAGCCUUCUUGGUCGACCAGGGCGUGCUCACCAAGCGCGACCUCCACGGUGACACGGACGAGGUACAGAGUGCGGCUCUGCACGCACUGGUCAAGAAGCCGCAUAUCAGCGUUCCACAGCAUGUCACUGACAGGUCGUACCCGCUGCCCGAGUACUUUAUCAGCUCAAGCCACAACACAUAUCUCUUGGCGCAUCAACUCUUUGGCACCUCGUCGGCGUCGGCCUACGAGACCGCCCUGAAAGCAGGUGCUAGGUGCGUCGAGAUCGAUGCUUGGGACGGCGAGGAAGACAAGGACGAGCCAAAGGUCACCCACGGCUACACUUUAGUGUCGCAUAUCCCCUUCCGCCAGGUCUGUGAGACCAUCCGCGAUGUGGUCGACCAGGAAGCCGCAGAGGCCGUCAACGAACAGGGAUACCGGGCAGCUCCGAUCAUGGUUUCCCUCGAGAAUCACUGCGAUGCCCACGGCCAGAAGCGGCUGGUCGACAUCAUGAAAGAGGUCUGGGGACAUCGCCUGCUGAGCAAGGCCAUCCGGGAGAAAGGCCACCAGGAGCAAGAGGGCGGCGACCACGUCACUCUUGAGGAGCUUGGCUCCAAGAUUGUCGUCAUCGUCGAGUUCCAUCUGCAAGGGGAGAAAGACUCGGAUUCCAGCACCAGCGACGAGUCAUCCGACGACGAGAGCAAAGAGGCACGGAAGAAGUACAAGGAGAAGAAGAAGACCACCGGCGCAGGCGUCAUCAUACCCGAGCUUGCCGAGCUCGGCGUCUACGCCCAGUCGGUGAAGCCCGUCGACAACUCAUGGUUCGAGCAGCCGCAGAUGACGAACGGCCCUCACCACCACCUCAUCAAUGUCUCCGAGGUUGGGCUGCUGAAACUCAUGCCCGAAUUCAACCAGAACAUCGCGAAGCACAACGCGCACCACCUGAUGCGAGUCUUCCCGAAAGGUACUCGCAUCUCGUCCAAGAACCUCAAGCCGGUGCCAUUCUGGGGCAACGGUGCACAGAUUUGCGCACUCAACUGGCAGACUUUCGGCAUCAGCAUGCAGCUCAACGAGGCGCUGUUCUCGGGCACAGAUGGGUACGUGCUCAAGCCCGCAGCGCUCCGAAGUGGCGGGGACGGCAGCGUCACGACUGGGCAGAAGAGGCGUCUCCGUGUCCACGUUGCCGGAGCCACGGAUUUGCCACUGCCAAAUGGCAAGGAAGCGGACGAUAUCAAGCCGUACGUGACUGCUUCGCUCAUCCACCCCCUCGAUUCCAAGGAGGACACUGCAUCGAACAAGCAGAGGACCGGUUCGUAUAAGCAGCACAAGCUGGGCUUCCUGCACCGCGGGGAGAACCCGCCGACGACGGAACCUGUCUGGGACGAGACGCUCGAAUGGGAGUACGAGGACAGUGAGAUGGCUUUCCUGAGGAUUCUGAUCAAGAGCGACGACUCGUUCUCCGUGAACCCGAUCCUUGCGCUUACUACUGUUCGGCUUCUCUACGCCACAGAGGGCUGGAGCUUUAUUCGCCUGCUGGACUUGAAGGGACGGGAGACAAAGUCCUCACUGCUGGUCAAGUUCGAGAUCCAGAACGCUGAUUAG